GUUUUGGUAACUGGUGCAACGGGUUAUAUUGGGAUUCAUUGUGUACAACAAUUACUAAAGCAACAAUAUCUAGUGCGUGGUACUGUAAGAAACCCAGACAAUGAGGAAAAAAUGAAACCUUUAAAAAGUCUAGAAGGCUCUGAAAGAUUGGAGCUUAUGAAAGCUGACUUAGAUCAUGAUGAUUACUGGAAUGAAGUCGUGCAAGGCUGUGACUAUAUUUUGCAUGUGGCAAGUCCUUUUGUAAUAAAUGAUGAUGAUUCUAUAAUAAAAACCGCUGUUGAUGGAACAUUACGUGUGCUUCGAGCGGCGCAACAAUCAUCGUCAGUCAAGAAGAUUGUACAAACCAGUUCGAUAGUUGCUAUUAAUGAAAAGCUCUUUCAUAAAUCUAAUGGCAGAAACUUCAUAGAUAUUCAUUUCAAACUGACUUGCAUCAAUCCUGUGUUUGUGGUUGGACCAGCUCUUCAAGAAGAACGAGGAACUAGUACAAUGGCAAGAGUUUUUUGGUCCGCAAACCAAAAUUUCAUCUAUUUACCAUCUAAAAUUUCGCAGUUGCACAGUCUGAUUAUUUUCUUGAAUCUACAGCAUUUGCAGAUUAUUAAGCAUUUUCUUGAUGGUCGAAUGCCAGCUUAUCCAGCAGUACAAUUAGCUCUGGUUGAUGUUCGAGAUGUGGCUACCGCCCAUAUAAAAGCAAUGUGUGAACCAAGGACUGAUGGUGAGCGGAUUCUAAUCGCAUCCCAAUCUAGCUUGUGGUUUCGUGAAAUCGCUAAAAUAUUAAGAGAUGAAUUUGGCUCACAAGGUUUGCUUUAUCUUUUCCAUAUAGAUUACAGAUUACAGAUUUUUUGUGCUUCAAAUCUUUCAUUUUCAAUAUAUUGUUGA